UAGAAUAUCAAAAACUUUAGCAUUUGCUGGUGAAAUACUAUAUAUCAUCUGAAUUAAAUCAUGUACAUAUCUGUCCAGACAGACAUGGUACUAGUAGAUGUUUUGCAAGGUUCGGAGGAUUUAAAUGUAAGUAAAAUGCUUGCACUUUAUUUAACACACCUCUUUAAGUUUAAUUAAAGUACAAUACUUUGAAUUGCAGAAUCAAAAGAACAUUAAAUAUUUGAAUAUUACAAAGACCAAAAUCAUUUUUGUUGAUUUCCAGGUGGGUCAGAGUAUAAAAAGAAGAAUUUGCAGGAGGAGGAAGGUUUUGACAUGAUGCGUACAGUAAUUAUAGCCGUGUGUAGUGCCGGAGCUUAUCUUGCCCUUGUUAUAGGACUGACUGCAUACUGUAGUUACAGACUGCUUCUACAGCGACGUAAUAGAAAAGCUAUUUUAAAUGGCGAGAAACAAAAUGGCGGUGUACCUCAAUCAGAACAACAUGAACUACUGAUGAAAGAAGGUGACCGUGAAUCUGGAGGAACUCACGGUUGCCGUAGUGACAGCGAUAAUCGAUCACAUGUAUCUGCUCUCAGCUCACACCCGUCACAUUCGUCACACUCAAACUCGCACUCUAAUUCACACACACAGUCACAGAAUUUAUCGCAGCAGUCACAGAGAAGUGCUGGAAAAACAAGUCUGGAUAGGUUCUUCUUUCCAAGACACGAGUUACAGUCUCUAGGAAUUUUAGGUAAAAGCCAGUAUGGCGAUAUAUUUCUGGCCAAGGCCCGUGGUAUACGUCCCGGAGAAAUAGAAACGCAGGUUGUAGUAAAGUCACUGCUGACAAAAGAGGACCAACAUUAUUAUGAGUUUCAAAGAGAAAUGGAAAUGUAUUCUAAACUAGAUCAGAAUAAUGUCAUAAAACUGCUGGGCGUCUGCAAGGAGAUUGAACCUUAUUUUUAUAUAGCAGAGUACUGUGACUGGGGUGAUUUGAAACAGUUCUUAUUAGCAUCCAGGGUUGACAACACUGGUCGGAGAAGAAUCCCUCCACUGACUAUUCUUCAGAAAAUUGGAAUGUGCAAUCAGGUUGCCCUCGGAAUGGAGCACAUGUCUAAUAAUAGAUAUGUUCACAGAGAUCUCGCAACAAGGAAUGUUCUUCUCACAUCACGUCUUGAGUUAAAAAUAUCUCACAUGGCCCUUUCACGAGAUCUGUAUGUCAAUGAAUAUGUGAUUAUAAACAACCAGACUGCUCUUCCAUUAAGAUGGUUAUCACCAGAAGCAGUUCUGGAAGCAGACUAUUCUACAAAAAGUGACGUUUGGGCGUACGGUGUGUUUAUGUGGGAAGUGUUACAUUUAGCGGAUAUUCCGCAUAAAAAUCGCAAUGAUGAUGAACUUCUAAAGGGUCUCAAAGCUGGUGAUGUAAUUUUAGAGUUUUCGGAACAUUGUCCAAGUGAAAUGAUAGAUCUUGUUCGCAAGUGUACGGCUGAAUGCCCAAAAGACCGUCCAAAUUUCACAGAAAUUUGUAACAUUGUUGCCGAGCUUGUACAAAUAUAUUCACAACCACAGUAUCAGACCCCCGUAUCACCUGCUGCAAUGUCUUUCCCGCCAAUGACUUCAUACCACGCACACGAACCAUACAUGACAUGAAACCAUGAAAAAAUAAACAUAGAAAAUGUUCAUGUUCUUGAAUCCUUUCUAUAGAUAGUGAUAAACAAAAGACAAAAUAAGUAUUGAAAUAAAUGGUUAGCAUGACUUGACUCGGGAAUUCUAGAUUUUCCAAUUUAUAAAAUGUUUCAGUUUGUUACGGGGAUGAAAUUAUAAAAGAAAGUGUGAUAAGGUUUUAACUAACAAUGUGAAAUCCAGGACCCAGUUCAGAAAAGUGGACGGUUAGAUAUCGGACGGGCAUUUUGAGUUAUUUCAAUAGUUGCUAUUUUGUGUCUUCAAGUGAUAGACUUUGGUUUCAUAGAAGACUUUGGUUUCAUAGAAACACUGAUGUUUACUUUUAAAUAGUUGCUAUAGACAAUAUACAGUUUCCUAGAAACAAUGUGUUUAGCCAAUCGCGUCUGUAUUUUGUCACAGUGAUAAAUAAUGUAUAGUAUAUAGACAGUUGGUUCGAAUAGUUGCUACUUUUAUGUUAUAUAUAUUACUGUACUGUCCGAACUGUGGAACAUUUUUGAAUACUGAGAACUGUUUUAGUGUCCAUAAAUUAGUUGAUUUGUGUAUUGUAAGAGGACAUUAUGAUAGUAUAAAAAGUUUAUAUCUUAGAUAAGAUUUUUGUUUUAUAAUAUCCAUAUUAGUAAAAGAGACAACUUUAUAGUAUUGAUCAUUUUUGUUGUAAGCAAAAUACUGUUUAGUUUAAAACAGUAUUUAUAAUUUAUUCAAAUAUUAUCAACAUGAAGUUAUAUUUGACUGCAAGUUAAUAAGGAAAAACAGUUUACUUACAGUUUCAUGUACGUAAUCUAUGACCAAAGAACUAUUUCAGAAAAUUUCUUUUGUUAUAGAAAGACAAGAAAUGUAUAUAUUUGCGCUGAUUUUAUUUAUUUAUUUGUCAAUGUGCUGUGGAGAGAGAUAAUGGUGUUAAUCUAGGGUAAUAAGCUAUCUGGAGUCAAAAAGUACUUUCUGUACCUACCAUAAGUCAUUUAAAUCAAUGAAUAGUAAAAUUAAGAGUACCAGUAGUUGUAGAUGGUCAAGUAUAUUUUCUAAACUUUCAUAAUGACCAAUCAUUAUUGACUUAAAGGAACUCCACUGAGGCCCAAAUGCCUUAAAAAAUAAUAUUUGAAUUUCUGACCUAGAUCAUCUU